AUGGAGCCGCCCGCCGUCGGCGGCGGCGGCGGGUCGCACUACUACGUCGCCCUCCCCGACCCGCGCGCGAAGCCGCGCGCGCUCGCGGACCUCGUCGUCAACGUCGCCCUCGCCGCGGCGCGCCAGACGUCGUCCGACCGAUCGAUCGCGCGCGGCGAGACAAAUCGGAAGCCCGCGGUCGUCGCCGUCGUCGUCGUCCGCGACGCGCGCGACGGCGUGGACGACGCCGUCGAGGACAUCGCGCGCGCGGGGAAGGACGUCGCGCGAGUGGACGACCGCGCGGACGUCGUCGUCGCGUCGCUUCGCGCGGACCAGCCGCCUGGCGACCGCGCGGACGCGCUCGAGCGGUUCAGGGCGGCGCGACGGAGGGAGGAUGGCGAGACGUUUUCGACGACGUUCGCGCGCGGCGGCGUCUUCGCGCUCGUGACGUCCGAGGCGUGCCUGCCCAGCCCCGGCGCGGGAGAGGGCGCGCUCGGGGCGUCGCUGGUGAUCAACAUGGAGACGCCGAAGAGCAGGGAGGCGUACGCGAGGCGGACGAGGGCGGGGCUCGGCGGCGGCGGGAGAGCCGGCGGCGGCGGCGGCGGCGGCGUCGUCGUCCUCAACGUGAUCGCGCCGCACCAGCUGAGCGCGCUCAGGGCGGUCCUUCCGGACGGCGUCGCGUUAGACGCGAUGCCGAUAGACUUGAUCGACACGUUAGCCGCGGACGUCGCCGCGGGAGGGAGGGAGAGGUAG